CAAAAGCUGGGUCCCAUUCCUGGUUCUCCACCUGCCGGGGCCAUGGCGGAGUCGCAGCGCAAGAUGACCGAGGUCGCCGAGUUCGCGCAGCUGGCCUUCCUCUCCGCGGUCGACAAUGGGGAGGUCGACGGCCAAGACAUUCGGAAGGGCCUCGACAUCCUCUUGACGUGCAUGGUCGACGCCGGCGGGAAGCUCAAGAAGGUGCAGGCGCCGACACCACAGGUCAUUCCGCUCAGCGCACUGCGUAAGGGAAACCUUGUGCGCCCCAAGACCAUCAAGCAGGUGCCGGCCAUGAACCCGAUCCUCGCGCGCCUCGCCGCGAAGAAGCAGCGCAAGGUCUGCGGGUACAUUUUCAAAGCCGACGAGAUGGCGUACAGCUGCCGCGACUGCCAGCACGACUCGACAUGCGUCAUGUGCCAAGCGUGCUUUGCCGACAGCAACCACGACGGCCACGACGUCUCGUUCCAGCGCACAUCGGCCGGCGGAUGCUGCGACUGCGGCGACACGGAGGCAUGGGCGAAGGACGGUUUUUGCCACAAGCACCCGGGCCGCGACAGCGACGUGUCCAAAUCGAAACCCCUCGUGCUCCCAAAGGGCAUGCAAGAGGUGGCAUCGCCUCUCAUCAACACGGUCGUCCAGUACGUCCACGACGUCUUGGUCAUGGCCGAAGACUCGGUCGAGAUCACCGCCGUCAUGCGCGAGCUCUGCGCGACAAUCCCUCCUCAUGACCGGGCGUCGUGGAAGGACUCGGACGACGCGCGCGAAGCCAGCAACACAAAGACGCGCGCCGAGCGGGACGCGGCGCCGCCCGCGACCGAGUACGACGUGCGGCUGCACAGCGACGACGUGCACCCUUUCCAGGACGUGGUCAAGGCUAUUCGCACGCACUUUAACGUCUCCAAGUCGAAAGCGAUUGGCAUUGCAAACCACUCGGACGCCGAAGGCUGCUCGAUCGUGUCGACGACCAACUCGCUCCGGUACGCGACGCACCUCGUGCACGCGAUGGAGGGCUACACGCUCAGCGUCGCGCCCGUCCGGCACUCGAACCACAUGCGGCACCUCGACGACAUUCUCGAGUGGCUGCGACAGCUCUGCGAGGUCUCGGACGACCUCGCGCAGCUCGUGAGCCAAGCGAUUGCGGCGCCGCGUCACGCCAUCUCGCCCGACCAGCUCGUCUCGACGCUCUCGCUCGACGAGACGCUCGAGAGCUUUCUGCGAACGCACCCGGUCAACGCCGAGGCGCAUGCGUUCUUCCGCACCAUGUUUCCGAUGCAGACGCCGCUCUCGACGUGGAUCCCGCCGUUCGACGACCAGUCGCUCGUGGCGACGUACUUGGCCGAGAUGGCGCCACACACGGCCCCGAUGCCGCCACCGCGGGCACUCACGUCGACGCUGACAUCGCUCGUGCGCAACUAUGCGCUCCUCAACAAGCCUGCGUCGCAGAAGCUCAACCGACUCUUCCACGAGCUCAUUUUGAACCAGCACCUCAAGCACACGAUGAUGGACGCGUUUGUAUCGUCGUAUUUGCACAAUACGAGCUCGUACCUCAAGGGCCUCGGCGCGUCGAGCGACAGCAUUUUUGACUUUGCGACACAGUUGCUCACGGUACCGUCGCUGCUCGUGCCGUACAUGGGCGGCGCCAACUCGAUCGUGGCCAUCUUGCUCUCGGCGCUCGCGUCCGUGCUCGAAACGUCGACCAAGCGCGUGUUGCUCGCAAGUGGCGUCGUGGGCACGCUCUUUCAGCCCGACAACCCCGCGAUUUCCCACUCGAAGUACAAGCACGCGGCCGACAACCUCGAAUUUGCGCUUGGCAAUGGAACCGCUGCCGAUCUCAUUUGCCACUCGGGCCACUUUCAGCAGUGGCUGCACUGCCUCGGCCUCUUGCAGAACUCGGACGCACAGAUCCGACGGGGCCGCCAUGAGCCCCAUGUCGAGUACGAGUCGGACAGCUGGUUCUCGACGUUCAACCUCGGCAUCAAGAUGCACGCGCUUUUCCCGCUCAUUCUGCAAGGUUUGACCGCGACGGCGGUCGCGUCGGUCGGCACGUCGCUGGCCGAGCUCAUGGCGGCGUCGGUCGCCGAGAUCAAGCGCGUGACGCUCGAGCAGACGGUCGUCCACGCCAAGCUGCUGCCCGGCGGCACACCCGGCACGGACUAUAAUCUGCGCCUCGAAGACGCCAACGGCGUGUGGCGCGACGCCGCCUCGCUCCACAUUCCGCUCCAUCGCUUUGUCGCGGCCUUUCUCAAGCACGUGCUGUACGUGCAGAAGGCUGACCGCUUUGACGUGUCGGAUUGGACGGCGCUCGUCGGCCUCGACGCGCUCUCGCCGGACGACGUGCUCUUGCUCUUAGACGCGCCCCUCAAGUGUCUCGUCAUGUCGAGCCAGAUUCAGAGCAACCUCUGGCGCCGGAAUGGCGACGAAAACAUGAUUACACAGCUCUUCAACUACUCUGCGCUGCCGUACUGCGUCAACUACCGCGACUCGGACCUCUUUCUGCUCCAAGUGGGCAUUGCGCUCCUCGGGCCCGAGCCGAUGCUGCAAUUGCUCUUGGACCGCUUCCAUUUGGCGUCGUUUUUCCACUUGGCCGAGACAACAGGGCUAAGCGCCACGCUCGCGUACGACGACGACCAAAACAUGCACAUGGUCGAGGAGCUCCUUCGGCUGCUGAUUGUGCUGGCAACCAACGUGCCGUCGUCGACGGGCGCGGCGUUUGAAGAAGCCUUCUUGUCGAACGAGCUGCUCCACCACUUGAUGGUCAAGUUUUCGUCGUUUUCCGAAUUGAGCGAAAACAUGGCGCUGCCACUCGGCGGGCAAGAGACCAUUUCGGCUGCCCGCCUCGAGCCCGUCUUGAGCAAACUGGCGACGUUUGUACCGCCGAAUGGCAUGGAGCCCGGCAAGUAUGAGCUUUUGCCCGAGUUUAUGGCGCAGUGCAACCCGUACCACGUGCACUUGAACCGCGAGCUGCACGAGCAAGCGCGCGACCGGUGUGCGUCGUGGCGCACGUCGCAGCCGCCGAAUGCGCCGCCGCUGGUGCUGCCACCGGCGCCCUUGCCCGUGUUUGCCUCGGUCCCGCAUAUCCUCACGACACCGAGUACGAUGAAGCUCUUGCAGCAGCUGCUCGAGACGAUGGACGCGACCAACGUGUCGGAGACGGUGGUUUCCAUGACGCUCGACGUGCUCGUGUUUGGGGUGCAGAUGGCGAUGCGCGACUCGGCGGACGACGGCUUUUGGCGCUCGCUGCUGCCGCUCGUCCCAACCUUUCUCAAGUGCCAGCAAAACGCCGAUGCGCUCGACAAGGAGCAGCACGAAGUCCUCGAGUGGAUCGUGACCGCGAUCAAGGCGCACAGUCCGCUCUGCGCGGCCGCGCUGCAGCAAGCGACGCCGUGCGAAGCGGCAAAAGCAGGCGCCAGCAACGAACUCUCGCUGCAGGAGCGGAAGGAGCAGGCCAAGCAGCGCGCGAUGGCGGCCAUGGCCCGGCAACAGGCCAUGUUUUCGCAAAUGAUGGCCGACGACGACGAGGACGCGGCGGACGAUGCCGACGACGAGAUGGAAACGGACACGGCGGCGACGAUGGGAGACGUUGCCAUGGGAGACGAGAGCGGUGCCAAGAAGCGCAGUUGUCCGGACGCGUCGCCCGAGUCGCAGCACGAGAAGAAGGCCAAGGUCGAAAACUGCUGCAUCUUGUGCCACGAAAGCUCCAAGCCCGACGAGAUGGGCAUGGUCGGCUUUGUGCACCAGUCGACGGUGCUCUCGAGUACGUUCCGGCCGCAUCCGGACAAUGCGCUGACGCCAUCAGCAAGGGCGGCGCGCAAGGACAUUGGCGCGCUCAUUGAGCACAUGAAGCUCGUGAGCUACCCGGAAGACGGCCCGGCGCUCUUUGCGGUGCGCGACCACCCGGCCCAUGGCCGGCGCAUGGCGUUUGCCGACCUCUUUUGGGACAUGGAAGACGACGAAGAAGACGACGAAGAAGGCGAAGAGGGCAUGCGCGAGUCGGACGACAUGGACGGAGGUCGUCGCCCGCGCGCGGGGACGUCAGACAUGGAGAGCGGCGGCGAAGGACCACCGAUAGGGCUCCCCAACGACCAUGCGUCGCCGGCGCUUGGCCCGAAUCUGCCCGUCGACGGCGACGCGCCCGUGGCCAACGCGCUCGGCGGCGUCAUCCAGCAAGCGCUGCGGCGCAUCCCGGUGCCGCGCCGGCGCCAGUAUCGGUUCCACACGCGGAGUGCGAACAGCAGUGCGUCGGGGCUUGCGUUUGUGCCCUGUGGGCUCUUUGCGCGGACGUGCCAGCACACGGUGCACAUGCGCUGUUUGGACACGUACAUUCGCACGCUGCACGAGAAGGCGCUGCGGGGCGAAGAGUUUGACGGGAUGCAGGCCGUGGACGGCGACGCCAACAUGACGCAGUUUCUCUGCCCGCUCUGCAAGACGCUGUGCAACAUCUUGCUGCCGGUGGUCGCGGCCGAGGCGCCGCCACCAUCACGGUCGCUCGCCCCGUGGCACCGCAUUGUCGACGACACGUCGCGCCAGUGGCACCGGUGGUUUCGGCCGUCGUCGCACCCGAUGACAGAGUCGGACGAAGUGUUUGACGUGUGGAAGGGGUACUUUGAAGAGGUGCUCUGGGAGCCCCACGGCAGCUUUGAGAAGGGCGCGCCGUUCUUGUGGUCGGCCUGCGCUUACACGAUCGCCGCCACGCUUCUCGACGUCGAGGCGGACGCAACCGACGCACCGUUUGGCAUCAUGAAUGACGCGUGGCCCGUCGCGCUCGAGAAGGAGCUCGCGUCGCUCUCGGCCGUCGCCAAGUUUGCGCGCUGGUCGUUUUCGAUGGUGCAGUUUACGGCCGAUUCGAAAGUCAUUUACGAGACGGUCAAGCGCUGCUGCCCCGUCGAGCGCGAGUCGAAGCGCGAGUACAACAAGUUUACCAAGAUGAUUGGCAGCAUUGACGCGUGCAUUCGGGGAACGAUCCUCGGACUGUUGGUGGCCGAUACGUUUACGGCGUUUGUGGUCGCGAGCGUUGUGGCCGCCAACACGGCGACGGUCGCCGAGAUGGUCCCCGUCUUUGGCGUCGCCGACUACCUCCAGCGCUUUCUGGAUGCGUUUUUCGUGCAAGAAAAGCUCAAGGCCGUGAGCCUCUACCACGAUGUGUCGACGCUGCACGACAGCAACGCGGUCGGCGCGACGAGCUCGCGCGUGCACAACACGCGGCACCAGUCGGCCGCGUCGAUCAAGACGGUGGAAGUCGCGACACACAAGAAGACGCUGGCCAAGCUCGCCAAGUGGGAGGCCAAGACCCUCGACGACGAACAUGUCAAGGGCGCGCUCGGUCUCCUUCGACGCAUGUGCGAGCUCGAACCGCUGCUUCGGCUCUCAGCGCUCGGCGACUUGAAGUCGUUUACAGCCACCGUGGCCGAUAUCCGCGCGUCCAACCGGUUGCUGGAGCGCCGCAUGCAACUGUACUACUGCUGCCUCGUCGGCAAGGACGAGUCGGUGGUCGCGCCGUCGCUGCGCCAAGUAGCUCAGAGCCCGAAGGAGGCGCUUGCGACCGUGUGGCAGUGGUGCGUCACGCGCAAGGCCGGCCAAGCCGAGCUCGGGGCCGCGUCCCAAGACGCGCAGCGCCGCUGCGAGCACGCCGAUCACAUGAGCGAGGCGUAUGUGGCCAAUAUGUUUAUCAUCCGCGACCAAGCGACGCCUCUGCAGCUGAUUGCGCUGCCGACGCAGUACGACGAGCUGUACAGCCACCACGUGCACCAGGUUUGCGCGCGCUGCCACCGCGUGCCGCGUGAGCCAGGCUUGUGUCUGGUGUGCGGCGUGCUGCUGUGCUGCGGUGAGUCGUGCUGCUCGUACGUGCACCAGCGCCACGGCCCGAGCAUUGGCGAGUGCACGCGCCACGCAAUCGAGUGCGGUGGCGGCCUUGGCCUCGUGCUCAUGCUGCAGCAGUGCCGCGUCGUGCUCCUCGGCGGCUCGAUGGUGGCGUAUUUUCCGUGCCCAUACGUGGACGCGCACGGCGAGGAAGAUCAAGGGCUCCAGCGCGGCCGGCCGCUCAAGCUCGACCGCAGCCGGUACGCGCUGCUGCAGACACUCUGGCGCAGCCACCGUCUCUUUCCCGAAGUCUCGCGCUUGCGCAACCAGCGCGAGAGCCAGCAGCCCAUCAACUUAACCUACAUUUAAACAAGUCGUUUGUCCUUUUGUA